AUGGCUUCCUUAGACGAAAAGAACGUACUCGAUGACGCCAAGGCGGUUUCUGCUUCUCAGGAGGACUUACCGGUGGACGAGAAGCGCGGACCUCUCACAACUGUCUCCGAGGUGAGCUCAGCAGAAGGAGACGAGGCCUUGCAGCUUGUCGGGAAGGAGCGCACCGCUCAAUUUAGCGAUGAAUAUAAUCGCAAGUUGAGGAGGAAGUUGGACUUAUGGAUCCCGCCCCUUUGCGCAGCCGUUUACUUCACUCAAUUUCUAGACAAGACUUCUCUUAACUAUGCUAGUAUCAUGGGUCUUCCCAUAACGGGGCAGCAUUAUAAUCUCGUGUCUAUGGCGUUCUAUCUCGGAUUCCUAUUCUGGGAGUUCCCCACUGUCUAUAUAUCUCAGAAACUGAGAGUAGCAAAAUACUUAGGGGCAAACGUCGUGAUAUGGGGGGCUGUCCUGAUGCUGCACGCCUCGACGACUUCAUUCGGUGGUUUCUUCGCCCUUCGAUUCAUCCUUGGCAUGUGCGAGAGCUGCGUCGCGCCCCUCCUGAUCCUCAUUAUCUCCAUGUUCUAUAAGAAGAAUGAGCAAGCGUCGCGGAUUUCGUGGUUCUACGUCAUGGUAAGUAUUAGCUCGCCUCUUAACCCGAGCAGGUUCUGA